ACCCCAAACCAUUCUGUGAUUCUAUGACCAGGUAAAGUUCAUUUAGCUUGUCACUGCUGUCAUAGGCCUCUACCCUCUCAAGAGGUUCCAGUUGCCUCUUGCUCUGAUGCCCGAUUUCCUUGUGUGACUUCAUGGUUCAGGGAGCUUUUGUGGCUAAAAAUUAAUUUUGUUUGUGGCGUGGUUAGGCUUCAGCCAGUUCACUGUGCAAUUAUACAAGUGUCAGUGUGAAGUAAAGGGGGAGGACUGAGAUGCAGGGGGCGUGGGAGCACAGCAAUCCUGAUAUACUCCUGAUUAAGCCAACGUACAGGGUAAUGCGUUGGGUGUCUAUUCCUUCACCUUUGUCCUCAAUUUUUUGGUUUCCUGAUUGGCUUUGUCUGUAACUCAGUAAUCUUAACCAAUAUUAAGACUGUUCUAAAUUCCUUAUCAAUAGAAAAGAUGUGCCAUUAAUAAUAUUCCUCAGUCAAAAGGUGCAGUGUGAGCUCAAAUCUUACUGAACAUCAGAGGCCUCUUCAUGAGACUUGUUUUCCCUUGAGUUUUGAUCUUCUUAGCAUCUCCAUAAUCCAAGUAUGAGACCUAAAGCUAUGGGAAAUCUGGUUUUCUUAAUUCUGCUUCUCACCAUAGUAAUUGGUUUGUAUUUGCUCAAUGUACAAUCCCAUUGUCUUAAUCUGUUGCAAAUUUCAGUCAUGCAGAUUCUGACUACAGCAUUCUAAAUUAACUAUUGUUCCAGUGUUCAGAGACUGUUGAUAAGCAUUUUAUCUCUGUCAAAAUAUUCUGGUGUCUCUGAUCUGUGGCAACCUAUCUAGAUUAAGGACAAAAUUAUCAGAAGUAUACUAAAUUCAAGGAUGCAACUUGAGGUGGGUGGUACCCAAUUUUUCUGAGUGCAGUAUUUAAGCAUCUUUAUAAAUAUAGUUCCUUUUACAUGUAGCUUCCAUGGCUGGGUGGCUGCAUCUGGGAGUAUUGAGAUCAUGGUUGCAAAAAUACAGAGAUGUGUCUAAGUGAACUCUUGGAAAAUGAAGAAAAAACACUGGAUUUGUGUGAAAAGUUUGAUUUAGUUUUGGUGAUUUUGCUGACAGCCCCCAGGAACUCUGUAGUAGAGACUGGGAUAAGUUUUAGUACUACUCGGUGCUUUCAGCGCUCUCAUCUGCCUCCAUUUACCAUUCCAUACCUUGUGGUUUACCUACAUUUCUGUUUCCGCCAUGAGCAAGAGCAUUCAUUGGGUCAUGUCUGACUCAGUGCAGGUCCUUCCUUAUCCCGCUGGCUUAUGUGGUGUAUUUAAUUAGUAACUUGGGGAAAGAAAAGUAGUUUGUCAGCUUGUCUUCAGCCUUCAGCUGAUGCAUCAGAUCUGGUUGUAUUUCUGUGCUGAUGGCUUUGAUUGUCACAGUAUGCAGAAAUGCACUUAAAACACUCAGUUACAUCUGCAAUGAGAUUGAGUUAAUAUGCAAAUGAUUACUUGAAGCUGGGGUUGGAUGAUACUAUCCCUGAAAGGCAUCGUGACAGUGGUGUCUCUGUGCUCUCCCUUGUGUUAGUUCCCUUUUUUGUGUAUGUUAGUAUAAGUGUCAGGCCAUAAAUAGAGCAGGAUCUAGUUGUGGUCCAAGUUAAUGCUAGCUGGCUCUCCUAUUGUGACUUAUUUUAAACUAAGAUUAUGUGUCUGUAAACGUUGAGGAUGAUGUUGAAGCAGUGAUUUUUGACCAUGGAGAAAAUGGAAUGUCCACACAAAGCUGUGUGUCAAUGGAACAAAACUCUGAAGUAAACAGUGUUGUCCACCAUGUGGCUCAACGUGUUUAUGGAAGCGAAGACCUAUCAGUGCUAGUUGAACGAGUGGCAUCGCAAAUGAGCCAUUCUGCAAGUAUGCAGAGAGGAAAUGGUCACAGCCCUGAAAAAAUGGAUUUUGUGUUUUCACAUAAUAAAAGAAAACGACUUGCCCCUACUUUGGUGGGACAGAAUGUGAUGAGAACCAGGGAAGGAGAAUAUGAAGAUAGUGACAGUGUAAUUUAUGAGUAUGAACCAGACUAUGAAUGUGGGAGUAUUGUGUCUGAAGCUUCGUACACUGGAGAUCAGCAGAAAACUCUUAUGGAGGUCCUGAGUUACUGCCAGGCCAUGUAUGAUGCCAUUCAGAAAUUAGAUAAAAAAUUUGACCUGCUUCAUCGGAAGGUCUCAGAAAUGCAGCAUACUCGUGUAAAGCCGCUGUUGCUCAAACCUAAACCAGGUGGAUUUACGUACAGAAGUUCCAGUCAUUUGCCCCAUGGAAAAAUAAGAGUACAAAAAUCCAUGGAAAGGGAAUCAAGUCUUCAUCUCUCUUCACCAGGCCAGGGAAGGCACAGCCCAGUCAUAAGGGUUGCUUUACAAAAUGGCCAUGUUCAGGUCAAUUCCACAGUAAAGCAUGCUCAACAGAGUCUUCAGCUUGAAUCACAGCAGCCUGUUCACAGGCAGAGCCCACCACUCCCCACUAUAGUUUCUACUCAUUCAUUGCAUUCAUCAUACACAUCAGCUAACAGGAUGCCUGACCUUUCUCCAAGAUCAAAUCUUGUAGCUAGCGUUGUGGAAAGCACUGUCAAUGUUGCAUCUUCACCAGUGCCAUCAUCAUCGAUGCCAGCACCAUCUGAGACCAGUUUGGGAAAUAAUGCUGCAGUGGUGAACUACAGAAAUGCAUCUGGGAAUGUGAACAUUAGUAAAGAACUACCAUCUUCUUCAGUCUCCAUCAAUCCUAGCUAUGAGUUUGUUGGUGACCCAGUGAGAAAUGUGAAAGUUCUUGGAAACUAUUUGAUGAAAGCUCGGCAAAAGACUAAACCAAAGUAUGCAGCGCGCUACUUAGUUCGUGUCUUGUUCCCCAAGGAAACAUUAUUAUGCAGCAUUAUGGGAGCGAGUGCACGAGGGCGCAGAACAUUGGAUCCAAACAAAAUUGCUGCAAUAAGAGAAUUUCUUGCAACUAACUUUCCAAACUAUGAUUUGAGCGAGCAUGGAAAAGACUGGAAAACCUGUAUCACAAAUGUCAAUGCUAUGAUCCGCUGUUUACGCUCUGAAACAAAAAUAAACCCAGCAAGUUGUCUUGAGGAGACAACCGAAGAGAAAGAAAAAGUGGCUGAUGCUCCAGAUACAUCUCAUUGUGUAGAUUUAAAUUAUAAUGAAGAUAGUGAAGGCAGUUCUCAAAACUCUCAGAAAAUGACCGGCUCCACAACUGAUGCGUUGCAGAAUUCAGGAUCGGAUAAGUUUCCAGAAGCUUUCCAUACACCUUCAGUCAAGAAACCACAGUCUUUGGAACCUAUGGAACUUCUUGGAAGUCCAUGGCGCAACGUUCAGUUGCCUUUCUCAGUCCUUUAUGUAGCUAAGGGGAAGUCUCGGCCAGAGUUGUCAGCUCGCUACCUAAUUCGUCAUAUGUUCAGUGAGGAUGUGCUGGUAAAAAGCAAUGUAUAUGGUAAUCUUGAACGUGGCAUGAGCCCACUGGACUGCAACAGAAUUAAUGCUCUCAGAGACUUUCUUCAAGAGAAUUAUCCAUCCUUCGAUCUAAAGGAAACUGGAUAUGAUUGGAAGGCGUGCGUGGCUGCCAUAAACAGCACAAUCCGCAGUCUCAGACAUGACCAUAAAAAGGCUACAGUUCGAAUCCGCCGGAAAGUCUUGGUAGUGCCAUCAUUGAGUGCAAAGAGUGCUCCACAGAGUCCCACUUCAGCAAAGCCAUUUGAAAGCGAUACUAUCAAUCUCGCGGACUGAAGCUCUUUAACGUCUGUCUCAAAUCUUAAUUUAGCAGGUUUUUAUAAAUCUCACAUAGAAGCCUAUUACACUGAGUUGUCCUAUUAUACUGAGUUGUCAGCAGCACUAAAUAGUAUUAUUUCAUGAAACCAAAGUUAGCAAAAGACUUGGGAACCCUAACUCCUCGUAUAUGUAGCACUUGUGCUCCUCAGAAGUUACUUCCACUGUUCCCUGUAGCAUUUCCAAUGUGCUCUCCCCUAAAAGCACCUUUUUCUCACGAUGCAUUGACUCUGAAAGAAUUAAUCUGAUUAGAAAAGAUGCACUGCACAUCAAGUCAGCAGGAGCAGAUAGGAAUGUGGAGAGGAAAGAAUGGUCCUCCUCAGAGGAAGACACGUAGCCGCUAAAUUAUCUCAUUAUGUGUGAGGAAUGAAAUUUGCUUUGACAAUUGGAUAUUUUAAGCAAAAACAUCUAAUGCAGAAAGGGAAAAAAAAUUAUUGCAUCUAGCUAACUUGUUAUAUCUCUCACAUUUUGCCUCCUAUAGCAGUCUUUAUAUUAGGAUAAGGAAAGAGGCAGAUGACAAUGUAAGUACAGUUGGUAAUGUUUUCUUUGCUCUGAUUUAGCUCUAUAAAAGCACAAAAAAGCAUCCAGAACAAACAGUCCAAUGGUUGGUUCUGUUUUUUUCUUGGUGAAAAGUAAAGAAAAUACUUCAUCAGGGGCUUGGUCUGCUGUUCAGUGGCAUAUAUCUCAUCCACUGGUGUGGAUGUCCACAAGAUGCAAAUCUGCUGCAACUUCCAUCUAGAGGAUUUGCAUCCUGAUUCAGAUUUGAGAAGUAAUAAUUUCCAUCAGCUUCAAGUCAUUGGUCCUUCAGUUAAAACUGAGUAUACAGGCGGUACUGUUGGUGUGCAGUCAGAGAUGACCAGCAUCGGUGAUACAUCUUCUCAAGCUCAUAAUCAUAGCUUUUAAUACUUGGGUCUGCAAGGCUAGGCAUAUUUGCUUUGUUGUCUGGGUAGGCUGCUGUUCUUGUCAUCCUGCCCCUGUUAACUUAAAAUCUUGAAAGUUGUGCAGUGAUUAUUCACAGAAUCACAGAAUGGUUGAGGUUGGAAGGGACCUCUGGAGGUCAUCUGAUUCCCUCCCCCUG